AUGCUGGAAAAGACUCUGUCACCCAUGACCUGGCUCUGCAUUCUCAUUGUGGCCUUUGCCAGUCACCCAGUGUGGCUGAAGCAGACUCGUAUACAUCAGCUUCCCAUAAAGCUUGAUCUGGAUUCCUGCUGUGAGGAUGUGAAGGGUCUCAAGGCCCAAAUAGUCAACCUAAGCAGGCUGCUGAGCAACGUGUGCCUGAGGAAGGAGAGCGACUGGGCCCGAGUUGCCACGCAGGUGAAGGAACUGGAGAACAGUAAGAAGCACAUAGAGUCGUGGCUCACAGAUGCCGAGACCAACUACUCCAAAAUGAAGAUGCAGAUGGACAGCAUACAACUGCAGGCAGCAGAGACUGUCACUCAGACUGCAGCAGAUGCCAUCUAUGACUGCUCUUCCCUCUAUCAGAACAACUACCACACAUCUGGAGUGUAUAAGCUUCCUCCAGAUGAUUUCCUGGGCAGCCCUGAGCUGGAGGUGUUCUGUGACAUGGAGACUUCAGGCGGUGGCUGGACCAUCAUUCAAAGACGAAAGAAUGGCCUUGUCUCCUUCCGACGGGACUGGAACCAGUACAAGCAGGGCUUUGGUCGCAUCCGUGGGGACUUCUGGCUGGGGAAUGAACACAUCCACAGGCUCUCCAGGCGGCCAACUCGACUACGCGUGGAAAUGGAGGACUGGGAGGGCAAUGUGCACUAUGCUGAGUACAGCCACUUUGUUCUGGGUGAUGAACUGAGCAGCUACCGCCUCUUCCUGGGAAACUACAGUGGCAAUGUGGAGAAUGAUGCCCUCGUCUAUCAUAACAACACGGCUUUCAGCACCAAGGACAAGGACAAUGACAACUGCUUGGAAAAUUGUGCAGAGCUCCUUAAAGGUGGAUACUGGUACAAAUGCUGCGCAGACUCGAACCUAAAUGGGAUGUACCACCACCUCGGAAAACACAAAAAGCACCUGGAUGGCAUCUUCUGGAACGGCUGGCAUGGGUCUAGCAACUCCCUCAAACGAGUGGAGAUGAAAAUCCGCCCAGAAGACUUCAAGCCCUAA